AUGUACUCAUGCGCAAAUCAACCCCGAGGAUGCCGAGGCCGUGUCAACCAAAGAGGCUCCAAAUGCUCUGAUUGUAGGCAACUGAACUUGCGACGCCCAGCGUCUUCAUCUCCCUUUGCACAACCACGAAACUUCAAGCGUCAGCUUCCUUCAGAGUUCCUCAGCGAGUCAGCAAAUAUGUCCAGCUCGAACAUGUAA